AUGUUGGAGCUGUUUAUGUCCCUCUUCGCCGUCUCCAUAAUAAAAGUUCGAGAUACAGACUGUCAGACAGUUAGACAGUCAGGCAGUCAGAUUGUCAGAUUGUCAGAUUGUCAGACUGUCAGACUGUCAGAUUGUCAGACUGCCAGAUUGUCAGAGAUUAUCUUUCUGACAGACUCUUUCCCGCAGACUCCCCGACAGACUCCGACAGACUCCGAAAGAAACCGACAGACUCUUCCCGAGGUCACGGACAGUCGUAGAUGUAGGUUUAUAUUCUGUCUGACUUUUCAUCACAACUGUUUAUGA